UGCAUGUGUAGUAAAUCAGCAGUGGUGGAACACCAGGAUUAUGAGCUUUCUCUGGUGUAAAACCUGAGUUUGAGAAGAGCACAGGGUUCAUGGCUGCCAGCAUGGUCUCAAACAGCUGGAUCUCUCAUCUCUCAGACUUGAACUUUAUCUAGCAGGGCACAGGAAGGAGUCCAGAGGGGCUACAUGUGGAGACUUCUCUCGUUUCGCAUGGUAGUGGAUGUGCACAGUAAGGGUGGCUCCCCAAACCAUGCAUCUCUUCUUCUCACCAGCAUCUGUUAGAAGCUUGAUCAUGUUUGGAGGGUAAAGCUUCCCCCUGUGAGAUUCUCCUUGCCUUGGACCAGUGGGCUAAGGUGAGAGCAAUGGAUUAGAUGCAAACCAACUUGUUCACUUGAUCAUCCUUGCUAGUUAAUGUGUAAUCCCAUGGAAGGUGGUGCUUUCAUGCCUUCAGCCGUGCACAUUUCCUGGAUUUACGAGAAGGUUCAGAGUCUAAUAAAGGGCUGCAGGUUCCUUACUUAGCUUGCAGUCAUUCUUCAGGGUUUCUCACAGAGGACAGCCAUGGCUAAGGGAGUGUACAUCUCAAAGGGCCUGGCUAUUGCCACUGCGGUGGUCACAGUUUCUGCUGUCUGUGGCAUUGUCUUGAUGGUCGUCAUGUACCAGCUGCAGAUAGAAAAAGAACCACCACAGCGUCCACCAACAGUUGCUCCUACUACACCAUUUCCAACGGGACCUCCACCAAGUCUGAGACUUCCUGACAGUCUGGUUCCGGAGAGCUAUGAGAUCUUCCUUCAGCCGUACCUCUAUGUGGAGCUGCCCAAUGCCACGGACCAAACUCCUUUUUUCAAAGGAAACUCAACAGUGAGGUUCCAGUGUGUGAAAAACACCAAGAGUAUCUUUCUUCAUGUCCUGCAGCUCAAUGUAACCAAAGUUGUCGUGACUCAUUCUUUCACGGGAAAGAAUAUAGGAGUCGAGGGAACCACACUGCACGAGAACGAGUCAAACUUUUUUGAGAUCCGGCUGAAGGAUGUGUUGAUAGGAAAUGGGAGCUAUUAUGAUCUUUUCACCGAAUUUGAAGGGGAACUCUUGGAUGAUUUGGCUGGUCUUUACAUGAGCCAAUACUCUAAGAAUAUAAGUGACGACAAAGAGAAAAGAUUCCUCGUCGCAAGCCAGAUGCAGCCCACAGACGCGAGGAAAGUAUUUCCUUGCUUUGAUGAGCCAGCUAUGAAAGCAGUGUUCAAUGUCACCAUUAUCCACAGGAGUGACACCGAAGCUCAGUCAAAUUCCAGGAUGGAGAAGAAGAUUUUUGUGGAUAUUGAUGGAGAGCAAUGGGUAGCUACUAAAUUUGUCCCGACCCCACGCAUGUCGACAUAUCUCCUGGCUUUCACAGUAAAUGGAUUUAAAAGUGAAGACAUUGACUAUGGUCACACGAAAAUAAAGACAUUUGCCCGACCUGAGGCUGUGGAUGCUGGACACGCAAAGUAUGCUUCGGAAAUCACCCCAAAGAUUCUGAAGUUCUAUGAGGACAGGUUCAAUUUAAGUUAUCCAUUAUUCAAACUAGAUCAGAUCGCACUUCCAGACUUUGGCGCAGGUGCUAUGGAAAACUGGGGUCUGAUAAUGUAUCGUGAGACUGCCCUACUGUAUGAUGAACAUGCGUCAUCUACCUCCAAUAAAGAAUGGAUUGCCACUGUGAUAGCUCACGAACUGGCUCAUCAGUGGUUUGGAAACCUGGUCACAAUGAAAUGGUGGAAUAACUUGUGGCUGAAUGAGGGAUUUGCAACAUACAUGUCAUACCUUGGAGUGGACCAUGUUGAGCCCGACUGGAAUAUAAGAGAUCUUAUUGUUCUGAAAGAAAUCCAGCCUGCCAUGGAGGUGGAUUCUCUAAACUCGUCACACCCUCUCAGCUCCACAGAGGCUGAAGUCCAGACCCCCUCUGAUAUCGCCAAUCUCUUCGACGGUAUCAGUUACAGCAAGGGUGCAGCUGUGCUAAGAAUGCUGUCUGCUUACAUUGGAGAGUCAAAUUUUUUUGCCGGUCUUAAGAGGUAUCUCCAGAUGUACAAGUACACAAAUGCUGAGUAUGCAGACCUAUGGAAAUGCAUGGAAGAGGCUUCCAUUUACAAUGACAUACAAAGCAUCAUGAAGGGAUGGACAGAGCAAGUGGGUUACCCAGUCAUCACCAUAAACACUACCUCUGGAGACAUCUCUCAGGAGCGGUUCGUUUUAAAUCAAACAGGGGGCUACGGGCUUAUAUGGGAGGUUCCAAUUAAAUAUAUGAAAUCUGAUCUCACAGUAGGGGAUGAGUUAUUUAAAGAAAAAGGACCAGUCAGAAAGCCUGAUUAUUUGCUUAAACCUGGUAUAUGGCUCCUGGUCAACAUCAACUGCACUGGUUAUUAUCGUGUGAACUAUGAUGAAGACAACUGGAAUAAGCUUAUUGAUCAGCUGGAGACCAAUCAUCAUGUUAUCCCACUCAUCAAUCGGGGCCAGCUAAUUGAUGAUGCAUUUAACCUUGCGAGGGCCAAAUACGUCAACGUCACUCUGCCACUGAAAACCACCAAGUAUCUUAUCAAUGAGACAGAAUACUUUCCAUGGGAGUCGGCUCUGAACAACCUACAAUUUUUCAUCCUUAUGUUUGACCGCUCUGAGGUCUACGGUCCCAUGCAGAAAUACCUACAGAAGCAAGUCAGUCCGCUGUACAAUUACUUUCAAGAGUACACUGAGAACGCAACCAUUCCAGAGAAACUCACUGAUCAGUAUAAUCAGAUAAAUGCUAUAUCAGUGGCAUGCAGCAAUGAUGUUCCCAAGUGCACAAAAAUGGCAACUAAGCUUUUCCAGGAGUGGAAAAAUGGCACCAACCGGAUUCCACCGAACUUGAAGUCCACCGUCUACUGCAGUGCCAUAGCAUCUGGAGAUGAAGACGACUGGGAUUUUGCGUGGAAACAGUACGAAGCAGCCACGAUUGCCACAGACAAAGAUAAACUGAGAUAUGCACUCUCCUGCACCAGGAAAAUAUGGCUCUUGAACAGAUACCUUGAGUACACUCUAGACCCUACAAAGAUAAGGAAGAUGGAUGUUGUCUCUACCAUAAACCACAUUGCCAGAAAUGUAGCCGGACAAGCCCCUGCCUGGGAUUUCAUCCGGGCCCACUGGACCCAGAUAAGCCAAGACUACGGAGGUGGGCUCAUGUCUGUUGGCAGCUUGAUUGAUCAAGUGACGGAGAGGUUCUCCUCAGAAUUUGAGCUCCAACAGCUGAAGCAGUUCCAAAGAGACUACGAUGAAGAUGGCAUGGGGCCGGCCACGCGAGCUUUGGAGCAGGCUAUUGAGAGGACUGAGGCCAACAUUCAGUGGGUGACGGAGAACAAACAGACUGUGUUGAACUGGUUCCUCAGAGAGUCCCAGGAUCACUGAGUGUUUGCAGAUCUGCAUAACCCUGAGCACGCACAGCAGAGCCAGCACAAUGAAAAACAGAUGUAGAGCCAUGGCAUAGUGAUGGAGACAACAUCCUGUGUUUCGCAAUGUUUUUUUUUGGUUUUCCCUCAACCACCAAAGACUCAGUUUCAUAAGGAAAUCUCAUUAUGUUGAAUGCAAGAGAAAGACUACGUGCCUUUUUUUAAUGAGUGCAAUAUAAUGGAAAAUUCAUUUCCCUAAAUGUCAUAUAAUUAUUUAAACAAAUACAUAUUUCAGCCUUUGUCAGGAUAUAAAAUUUAAGCUAACAGUAAAAUGUAUUCCCCUUAUGGUGCAUCUAUGAAUUUAGGCUUAAUUUAUCGCUUAUAUCAGAACUUAGUACAUAUUUAUCACUAAAACCCAGCCUUGUUUACAUAGAUGAAAUGCCACUUAUUCAGGCAUAUUAAGCACUUUUUUCUUUUUAAAAUGCAGUAUAUUAAUAGCUGUGUAUUUUGUAAAUAUAGAAAUUGAUAUAAUUGAGACAAAAAAUAUAUUUCAUGUAUAAAAUCUAUUUUUUAUUUUUUAAGUAAAAGAAAAUAACUUUUGUGAAUCAUUUUCCAUUGUCAUGAGUCUCUCUUUAUAAUAAAUGCAUUAUUAAUUAUUA